CUGCCCGUGACAUAUCAACUUGCUGCACUCGCGUUCUCUCGACUCACUUCCUUUCUCUCGUUAAUCUUUGAACUGCUGUGACGACUUCUAAUUCCGCAUAGCCUGCGUCUUUUGCAAUCACGACAGAUUACACCGAGCAGACGAGCGACUUCAAACACGACAGAUACCCAACGCCGCCAGGCGCAAAGACCCGUAGUAUGGAGGCAGCAGCUACCGCUUCACAAGCCCCUCAACCCACAGACGGUCCAACCCGAGGUCAUCGGCAGCGACGGCCACGCAGAGGUCGCGGAAACGACAACUCCAAUUCGGCUCUAUCAUUCAGGCCUGCCAGUGUCGAGCCCUCAUCUGCACCCGUUCGAUCCGUCGCGGACAACGCCCCCACAUCACAGCGAGGCCGAGGGCGCGGACGUGGCAAACCAGCACAGCCUCGUACAGUCAACGGGCGAACCUUUGGUGGCCAGUUGACCCGACAGGAUACCAACCUUUCCACCGAUAGCACUUCCGUAAUUGCCUUGCAGCCGACGGCCGCAAAUUUUGUGCCUGGCCAGCAGCAGGACUCCACAACAUCACAGAGUCAACCGCCAAAACGGAAACAGCAGCCACCCAAACGCCGACUGUCGAAAUCCCAGGCCUCAGAUAUUGCCACUCGAACGCAUGAGGACAUAGAUCGUGGCCUGUACGAGUGUCCAAUAUGCACUAGCGAAGUGCGUCGCAACUCGAAAGUCUGGGCAUGCCACACUUGCUGGACCGUCUUCCAUCUCGCGUGUAUCAAGAAAUGGUCGACGAACGAAGGUGCCGCCGCUGCUCAGCCAACUGCUCAAGAUGGCAACGAUCCUCCGCCACGCAUGUGGAGAUGCCCGGGAUGCAAUCUACCCAAGACUGAUAUGCCGAAGUUGUACGCUUGCUGGUGUGGGAAGGAAAUCGACCCGAAACCAUUAGCUGGUCUGCCACCCCACUCAUGUGGCAAUACAUGCGGCAAGGAACGGGCCAAACGCUGUCCUCAUCCUUGCGAAUUGCCAUGCCAUGCCGGACCCUGUCCUCCGUGUUCACACAUGGGACCGACACAGAUCUGCUUUUGCGGCAAGCACGAAGUCACGAAACGAUGUUCCGAAACCGACUACGACUCCGGCUGGAGUUGUGGUGAGCUAUGCGGCGAGACCAUGCCGUGUGGCGAGCACCUUUGCAGUAGGCCUUGCCACGAGGGUCUCUGCGGGGCUUGCGAGGUUCGGAUGUACGCCCGGUGCUAUUGUGGACAGAUGGAGAAGGACAUACUUUGUGAUGACAGAGGCGAGGGGCGGGAGAGUCAAGUCAGCCAUGUCACCGGUGAUGUCGAUCCCGUAGUCGAAAGCUGGACGGGCUCGUUCGAUUGUGGCAAUGUGUGUGGCCGUGAAUUCGACUGCGGACUACACAAAUGCGAGCAAAGAUGCCAUCCGCAGGACACGGCAUCACCGCACUGCCCUCGCUCACCUGAGCUCGUCACUCAUUGUCCAUGCGGGAAGACACCCUUGCAGACUCUGACUGACGAAACUCGACAACAUUGCUCCGAUCUUAUUCCGCAAUGCAAGCAACCUUGCGGCAGAAUCCUUUCUUGCGGUCAUCAAGACGAGCAAGUUUGCCAUCCCGGUGCCUGCUCGCCUUGUACCAAGAAAGUCGACAUUCGGUGCAGAUGCGGAAGGACUUCGUUCAGUGUGAUCUGCCACGAAGGCCAACAAGAGACACCUCAAUGCGGGAGAGUUUGUAAAGCCCUGCUCAACUGCUCCCGACACCAGUGCGAUGAAGUCUGCUGUCCCGGAGAGCGCAUGGCAGCGGAGCGGCAGAAUUCGAGACGGAAACAGCGAUCUCUGGCCGCCCUUUCCCACCCGUCGAUCGAGGAUUUUGAAGCAGAGCACAUCUGCACUCUUCAAUGCGGUAGACUGCUCAAGUGUGGAACACAUCAUUGCACCGAGCUUUGCCAUCGGGGACCAUGCGGCACUUGUCGCGAGGCAGUCUUCGAGGAGAUCAGCUGUCAUUGCGGCCGCAGUGUCUUGCAGCCUCCGCUUCCGUGUGGAACCAAGGCGCCUCCUUGUCGAUACCCUUGCACCAGGCCAAAGCUUUGCGGCCACCCUUCUGUCGCCCACAACUGCCACCAGGAUGACGAAGCGUGUCCGAAGUGCCCGUAUCUCCUCGAGAAGCCUUGUAUGUGUGGGAAGAAGACCGUACGAAACCAGCCUUGCUGGCUGCAGGACGUCAGGUGCGGUGAGAUUUGCGGAAAGAUGCUGAAGUGCGGCGCUCAUCACUGCCGAAAGACAUGCCAUCGGGUCGGCGAAUGCGAAGACGCAAAUAACCAGCCUUGUCAACAGCCCUGCGGGAAGCUCAAGAAAGUGUGCGGCCAUCCAGACAUGGAGAAUACAUGCCACGCACCAUUCGCUUGCAAAGAGGACAAGCCUUGCCAGAGCAAGAUCUACAUCACCUGCGAGUGUCAACUACAGAAACAAGAAGCUCGCUGCAGUGCUUCGAGGAGCAAUCCAGGCAAUGCUGGUAAAACGCUUCCUUGCACCGACGAAUGUGCCCGGCUUGAACGCAAUCGCAAGCUCGCUCUGGCCUUGAACAUCGACCAGUCGGCACACGUAGAAGGAGGAGAUCACAUCCCGUACUCCACGGAAACGCUCAACCUCUUCACGGAAGACGUCAAAUGGGCGCAGACGCAAGAAAGGGAAUUCCGCGUCUUUGCAGCGUCAGCGGACGAGAAACGCCUGCGUUUCAAACCCAUGCAGUCAUCUCAGCGGGCUUUUAUCCACGCGCUUGCCGAAGACUACGGCUUUGACUCCGAAAGCAUGGAUCCCGAACCACAUCGGCACGUCAUGAUUUGGAAGACGCCGCGAUUUGUCGCUGCGCCUAGCAAGACUGUUGCGGAGGCUGUGCGGAUCAGAAAGGCACAGCGCGUCGUCAAUGUCUCGGACACCGAAGCUUCAGCAUCCACGGCAAAACGCACUGCUGCCUCUACUGCGCCGUAUAAUUGCUUCGUCAUCACCAAUCCACGUUUCGGCCUCAUGGUCGAUGAGCUUCAGGUGGAGAUUGGCGGUCUUUUGCACAAAGACAUGCCAUUGACGUUCGACAUUCAAUUCAUGCCCGGUGAAGAGGUGAUACUCAAAGCAAUAAGCACUAUGCACGGCACCGAUCUCCAAAAGCUGCUGCAAGAUAUCAAGCCGGAGUUUGCCCGCGUCAUCAAAGCGAAAAAUUUCGGGACGGCGGAAUUGGGAUGCAUUGAUCCGUCCAUGCAGGUCGUUAGACGGGAGUCGACGGAUCAUGCGGCUGCUGAUGGCUGGUCGAAGGUUGCGGCCAAGAAGGCUGCAUCGAGAGUCACUGUGGCUCCGAAAGCUUCUGUUGGAAGCAAUGCCUUCUCCGCCCUGGGUGGCAACAAAGUCACCUUCUCGAAGAAGAAGCCGGAGAAAGUGAAGGUCAAGAAGGAGGUGGUGGUUGAUGACUGGGAGGCUGCUGAGCUGGAGGAAGAGGAGAAGGAGCGGGUGGUGAGUGAUGCCAGCGAUCAUGAGAUCACGAACGUCGAAGGUAGCGUGGUGGAAGCCGCUCCGGUCGCAGACUCAGAGAGGGUCGUCGUUGAAGAGCCAGCUGCUGGGACUGACAGCCAUGAAGCGUCGGCAAUCCCUGUGGAGCAUAGCGAGGAGGUGAAAGAGGAAGCGGCACCUCCCACCACUGCAGAAGAAUAGGGCAAUACUCACAUGACCA